GGAAAUCAAAGGAUAAGGUGGAGCGAGCAGAUGUCAGGAGUCAGAUAAAAAGGUGUUUGGCGCCGUGGAGCGACUAUUUGAGACGGGGACAGGGUCACGUACCGCCGCGCACCGCACCGGGACCAUGCAGAGCUCCAGACUGCUCAGCGGGACGCUCCUCUGCGCGCUGCUGCUUCUCUCCGGCACCGCUGGAGCCCAACUCUUGGACGGCGAGUCCGAGGAGGAGCUGAGCCCCAGAGCCCUGCGGGACUUUUACCCCAAAGGUCCGAACCUGACCAGCGAAAAGCAGCUGCUCGGGGCUCUCCAUGAGGUUCUUGAGAAGCUGCAGGCGAAGCGGCUGCCUUUGUGGGAAAAGAAAUUUGGCCAAGUCCCAACGUGUGAUGUCGGGGAGCAGUGCGCAGUGAGGAAAGGCGCGCGGAUCGGGAAGAUGUGCGACUGUCCCCGAGGAGCAUUCUGCAACUUUUUCCUGCUCAAGUGCUUAUGAGCCCCAUCGGAUGUGAAUGUAGCGUCGAGAUGUGGAAAGACUUCCUCGAGUCCAUUGUAAUUACUGUCAUCUUUUUUUAUUAUGCAGCUGAGGAGCGGGUGCGGCGAUUUAGUAAAAGAACUGUAUAUUUUAAAAGUAGCCAAUAGCACAAGUGUAAGUCGUGUCGAACCGUAAGGUUCCUGUAAAUAUUCAGAACCACUUAAUGUCUGCAGACCCACAGGACCAUGUAAUGCAGCAGAACCCACGACACAAUAAACUGCACCGGACCACAAACACACUGUAAAGUCUGAACAGCAAUAUUCUGGGAAUUAUCAACGUUCUGCGCGUGGCAGCGCGUAAAAGUCUUUGGAGCUUGAACUAUGUUGUUUCACAUGAAUGUUUUCGUGUCUUGACUGAUGAAAAUAAUAAAGUGUGGACCAUAAUGUUUUGUAAA